CAUUCCACCGCCCACCAGUAUCACAUACAUUUCCAAGCUCUAGAUAUGUCGGUUGCAGUCGCGGUCAAUGAAACUGUCAAUGAGAGCUUCGAUGUCGAUCACCUCAAGUCGCUUGUGAAACAAAACGCCAAAAGAUCAAGAGCGCUCUUCGCGGAAAGCCAGACCAAGGAUGCUCCAGAGGUCACCGAAUUAGCUGACCGCGUGGGAAUCGCUGCGCGCAUACGCUCCGAGUAUGAUGAUGUUCGCGAGUUACCACCAGCUCUUGCAGCCAAGCAAGCAAACGCCGCCGGUCCUCGCAAGAAGAAGCCGAAGACCACGACCGAUGACAAAGACGCCUCUGACGCGCGGACGACGAAACUUAUAGAAGGGGUAGUCUCGAAAGAUCAGAAUGGUGGCAGCAGCUCAUCAACAGCAUUAACGGUCCGGGGGCGUGGUGCAACAGAGAACCUCCCGCCCAAUGCCAAUGGUCCUACAGCGCAACGAAACCUCCCCUCUUCGAGUCUUGUUCGCAAACAAGCGGUUAUGCAGAUUAAGCCUGAGUGGCACGCGCCGUGGAAGCUGAUGCGUGUUAUUUCUGGGCAUCUGGGCUGGGUUAGAAGUUUGGCGGUGGAACCUGAGAAUAAGUGGUUUGCAAGUGGCGCAGGAGACCGAACCAUCAAGAUCUGGGAUCUCGCGACUGGGUCUCUUCGUCUUACCUUGACGGGGCACAUAUCGACAGUGAGAGGUCUAGCAGUUUCUCCCCGACAUCCAUAUCUUUUCUCCUGUGGUGAAGACAAGAUGGUCAAGUGCUGGGAUCUCGAGACGAAUAAGGUUAUCAGGCAUUACCAUGGCCAUCUUAGUGGUGUUUACACUUUGUCACUUCACCCGACUCUUGAUGUUUUGGUCACAGGCGGUAGAGAUGGUGUUGCAAGGGUCUGGGAUAUGCGGACGCGGAGUAAUAUUCACGUUCUGUCAGGGCACAAGGGCACGGUAUCCGACGUCAAGUGUCAGGAAGCCGAUCCGCAGGUCAUUACCUCCUCUCUCGAUUCAACAGUACGACUCUGGGAUCUUGCUGCAGGAAAAUCUAUGGGCGUUUUGACACAUCACAAGAAGGGUGUAAGGGCACUGACUACCCAUCCGAAGGAAUUCACAUUCGCGAGCGGCAGUACUGGAAGUAUUAAGCAAUGGAAAUUGCCCGAAGGCGCGUUCAUGCAAAACUUCGAGGGGCAUAAUGCCAUUAUCAACACUCUUUCUGUUAACGAGGAUAAUGUUUUAUUUUCCGGAGGUGAUAAUGGAUCGAUGAGUUUCUGGGACUGGAAGUCAGGAUACAGGUACCAGGCCUUAGAUACCACUGCCCAACCAGGUUCACUAGACGCAGAGGCGGGAAUCAUGAGUUCGACAUUUGAUCGUACAGGACUUCGAUUAAUCUGUGGAGAGGCGGAUAAGACCAUCAAAGUAUGGAAGCAGGACGAGAACGCAACUCCAGAAACUCAUCCGCUGGAGUGGAAACCGACCCUGGGGAGGCAAAAGUUUUAAUGAGUCGGACACUGCGUUUCCAGAUUUCUAGGUCUUUGAAGAUCUUAAAAAGCCUAGAAACAUUGUAAAAAAUCAGGGGUUUAUUUGCAUCAUUGGGCGAAUGGCGCGGGAAAGGGAGUUGGUUAGACUACCAGAUGGGUAAUAGGUCUCCUGGUGGCAUUGAUUCAUUUAUACCUACUUAAAAUCCAAGAUUCUUGAUCUCUGGAUCAUCUUUGAAAGCGAGUUUUACAUCUUCCUCACCAAUACUCAAUCGAAUCUUGCUUGUGCGAUCGGCCUUUUGUGUCUCCAG